UGAUUUUAAAUUUUAAAAACUAAAAAUAUAUUAAAAUUUUCAAAAUAAAAAAGUAUAUUUUAGUCAUUUUAUUUUUUAAGGUAUAUUUUUGUAACAAAAACAUAAAAAUGUCUAUUUGAAAGAACUCCCCAAACUUUAAUGUGAUAUAUGUUUUUAGAUUCUUUUUAAAAUAAUCUAAAACUACUUUUUUAUUUUAUUUUUGGUUGACUAGAAAGUUUCUACAUCUCUUUAAAUUGAGGUUUAAACUAACCUAAAUUAAUGUCUUAUUAAAAUUUUGAUCAUAAAACACUUUUUAACAUUGUACCUUAAAUUUUAGAUAUGAAAAUUAAUUUUAUGACCAUUUAAAAUUUAAUUUUCAUAUCUAAAAUUAAUUUAAGGUACAAUGUUAGUUAAAGGUGUUUUAUGAUUAAAACUUACUAAAACAUUAAAAUGAUAACCAUCACCUACAUAUGUGUUGCUCUCAUGUUUAUACGUUGUAUUGACCUCAUGUGUUUUCUGUAAUACUACCGAUGUAAAUAGCUAUUUUAUUAAAAUAUAAAUCACAAUUUUUUUCAUGUGUUAUUUUAAGUAUGAACAUCCUUAAGAAAUUUUAUUAAAUGUAUUUUAGUAAAGCUAAUAAUACAUAGAAUCUUUGAACUACUUUAAUCAUAAUAUCUUUUCAUUUAAAAUAUAAAUAUAAAUAUAUAUAUAUAUAUAUAUAUAGUAAAAAAAUUCGAGAAUCUGUUUAAAAAGAUUGUAACAAAAUCUGAAUUUUCAAAAAUUAUAUAUAAAUAUUUUAACUAAUUUUUAAUGAGUUUUGAAAUAUUAUUAUACAUUAAUAUAAUCAAUUAUCAUUUAUAAAAUGAAAAAUAAAUAUUCUAUCAUAUUUUUAUCUAUUAUAUAAUCAGAAUCAAUCAUAUUAAAAUAAAAUAAUUAUAUUGAUCUAAAUAUUUUAACAAUAUAUUAAUUUUCAAAAAUUUUAUUUAAAUAUUUUCACUAACUUUUUAAUUAGCAAUGAACUCUUAUUAUGCAUUAAUAUAUAUUCAGUUAUUGUUUAUAAAAUUAAAACUAAAAAUCUAUCUUACUUUUAUCUAUUUUAUAAUCAUAAUCACUCAUGUUAAAAUUAUUAUAUUGAAAUAAAUAUGAUAAACUAUAUUAAAUUGAUAAAUUUUAUUUUCAGAAAUAUAAAAUAUUUAUGUUAAAAAUCUAAUAUGAUGACAUAACGGCUUAAAAUUAGUAAAAUAUAUAAUACAUGUGUAAAAAUAUUAUAUCUUAGACUGUUGUAUAUACAAUAAUAUAUUAUGUAAAAUGAAUAAACGUAAAAAAUAGUGCUAAAAAGAAAUCCAGUUCUGAAGGGCGUAAAAAUUUAACAUAAAUUAAAUACAAAAUACUUUUUAAAUAUGGUUUUUUCAUGCACAUAUUAUUUUGUUUGAUAACUAAAUGCAAAUACAAUAACAUAAAUGUAUAAUAAGAAACAACAAAUAUAUGUGAUAGUUUUAAACAAUUGGUUAUUUACAACUUGUAAACGAUAAAUUAUUGUAUUUAAAAUAGUUAUAUAAAAAUUUAAAUAUAUGAUUAAAAUUAAAAAUGUAUACUACUAAUGAUCUAAAACAAAUAUAUGUACAUAUAAAACUGAAAAUAUUAUCUGCGCGGUUGAACGGAUGUAAUGUUAAAACCACAGUCAGGACGAGCAGCACUGUUAAAACCACAACCAAGGGGCCUAAGGCAUUCACCACCGUAUAGGAGACUCGCAUCAUUCUCUUUUCUUUAUUUAGAUAAACACUUCAGCUAAAUCACUAAAGCAAAAAGCCAAUAUUAAUCGGUAUAUUCUUCCUCCUCUACUUUCUAUCAUUUUUAUUUGGGACUUGAAGAUUUUGUUGGCGGAAAUGGAGUUUCCUUAAGGAAGGUUAUAUGAUAUGGUUUUGUAGUAUUAAUUAAGUUAGAUGACAUUCUCUUGUUUCUAUGAAGUCCCUUCAGAGGUAUUCACCUUGAGUCAAUUCGUAACCUUCCUACUUAACAUGAAUCACCUCAUCAUAACUACCCAAAGCAUGGAAACGCGUAACCAUCUGUUUUUCUCUUGUUCAUACUCAAGUCAAAUCUGGCAGAAGCUUGUGAAAGGGUUACUCCAAUCGAGAUAUACAGAGAAAUGGGAAGACAUUUUCAAUCUCUUGCUUGAUAGUAGACAGAAAAGCGUAAGGUUAUUCUUGCUGAGGUACACUUUCCAAGCUACUGCUCAUACAAUUUGGUGGGAAAGAAAUAAGAGAAUGCAUUGAGAGGAGCAACAUCCAUAUAGUCUGUUGAUAAAGACAAUUGAUAAGACUGACGAACAGAUUAUCUACCAUUAGGCGCCAAGGUGAUCAAAAGAUGGAGGAGGGACUUAGAAUUUGGUUUGGAACAAGAUGAUAUGUAAAGAGGAGUUUAUACUUUCUUUAUCAUUCUAACUCGUAGUUACAUCAUAUGUAAAACAGUUUUUUGGAUGAAUAAAAUUUAACAUUUAUUCAAAAAAAAGAAUGGUCUCUAGUCAAUCAAAAAUAUUUAAAUCAACAUAAAAAGGAGAACCAAAAACAAAACCCGAACAAGUUAAUGACUCACACAAACUCAACAACAACUACAUUGAUCAAAAGUUCAAAAGCUCAAUCAAGUAAUUCUUAAGAAUAAGGAUGACCUCUUCUCGGAUCCUACCUACUUUUGAAGCUAAGCAGGAAAUCUUCAAUAUAUCACAUCAAAGAUAUAUACAAGUUUCCAUCAAUUUUUGUUUGUCAUAAAAUGCAUCAUCUUUUGAUAUAAGACUUUUCUCUCUAGAAAAAGUACUUCUUUGUAUAAAAAGUAUGGUGAAAAGGAAACUCUACUUCUCUUCAGAUUUAGACUCAACACUCGGAGUCCAUAAUAACUGGACAUGAUGUAGGAAGCAAUGAGAUCUAUUGAUGAUGGUUUAUGUAUAUUUCUUGGCUCCGUAUCAUUUUAUGGUCUAAAAAGGACAAUCCACACAGUCUCACAUGUUCAUCUCUUUAUGCUUCAAACUGGGGGUGAAUUAUCCACCCACUUUAAAUGUGAAAAAUUAUAAUAACACUAUAGCCAAAAGCUUCCACUUCAUCAAAAAAUUCUAAUUCAACAUCAGAAAUGCAAAGUGGGUUAACCAAAAAAAUAAAAGCCCAAUAAGCAUUAAUAAUGGUUAUAUUGACCAAAAGUACAAUUUUAUCCAUACAAAACUAGUACGACAAAAACACCUCAUCAAACACAUAUUUCAAAAUAUUUAUGGUUUACUCUUGAAUUAUAAACUUUGAACUAGAUUUUGACCCGCGCUUAAAAAGCGCGGGAUUGUUCUCGAAAUCAAAUAAAUUCAUUUGAAAUCAUUUUUUAUAGAUAAUAUAUAGUUUGGGCAUAUUUAUCCGGAACUGCGUAUCGAACGAUACCAAACUAAAAACAACAAAAUCAAUUGAACUGAAUUUCAUAAAUAACCUAACAAAUCAUAUAUCUUUGGAAAAAAAACAUAACCGAGAACCAAACGGAUACCUGAAUUUUAAAAUUCAAAUAAUAUACUUAAAAAUAUUGGAUUAAUGAAAACCUAUUUAUAUAUUCAAAGUUUGACAAAAUCCAAAAACUUUUCAUUAGUCCUUGAACCGACACCGGUUGACCUGACAAAGAUCCAGAACAAUCUUAUAAUAUUUUAAAAAUUUUGAUUAAAUUUCCGAUAUACAUAAUAAUUGUAUAUAAAACUGAAUCAACUAUUUGAUCCGCGAUUUUAAAGCGCGGAAAUCUGUUUUGACAAAAUUUUACUUUAACAAAAAUAAUGAUAUUUGUUACUUGCGUUUUUAUAUUUGCAAUAUUUUAUUAAAAUACAAAUCUGAAAAUUAAACUGCAUCUAAUUUUUAUAUUCAAGAAAUCAUUUUAUUAAAAUUAGAAAUAAUAAUUUUUUUGGCAAUAUAUUUUGUGGUGUAAAUUAAUAUUCUAAAGGUUUGAAAAAGUUCGUUAGUAUUUUUUUAAGUUGCAGACUUUUAUAUUCAUAUUUCUAAAAAAUUAAAUUUGUAAUAUUUUGUAUACGCUAGAAAAUAAAUGAGGACUUGUAUUUAAAGAAACCAAAUAUUCCAUAUGUUAAGCUAGAAAAUUAAAUGAAACAACAUUAGCAAAUUAUCUCAAUAGAUAUGGUAUAGUUAGAGAAAAUAAGGGUAAGACCAAAAAAAUAUUUAUGAGUAAGUGCAACAAUCUUUCAUAAGUAGAUGUUUUAGGACUCCUUCCCUUUUAAUAGUAUAGAUUGGAAUUGACACAUGUCCUCUUUCUAUAUUGUUUUGUAAAUAAAUCGAUAUACUCGAAUCUAACUAUAUAAAUAAGAAUAUAAAAUUAGAUUAUUUUCUUUAAAAUCUACAACGGUCACAUUAACCAAAAGUAUAACAUCUUAUCCACACAAAACUAGUAUAACGAGUACGAGUAAAACACGUCAUCAAACGAAGAUUGCAAACAGAUAUGGUUUACUCUCGGAUCAUGAAUCUUGAGUUGGCAUUGACAUAUAUCCUCUUUGUAUUUAUAUAUAUAUAUAUAUAUAUAUAUAUAUAUAUAUAUAUAUAUAUAUAUAUAUAUAUAACGAUUUACUCGAAUCUAACUAAAUAAAUACAAAGAAAUCCUAAAUAAUUUUCUUCAAAUCUUUUCAUCCUUUUUAAGUUUUUUUUAUGGUAUCAGAGCCAUGAAUGAUUUUUCCGAUUUUUUCUCGUCUUAGAUUCCGAUGGUUCGUCUUAAAUAUGUUACAUGUCCAGAGACCACCAACUGAAAAAAAAAUCUGCAAUUGACAACAUGAAAUCUUAAUAUUUGGAGUCUUUUACUUGUUUAGAUUUGAUUUGUGCAAGCCAAUUUUUGGGUAAAAAUAUCUUCAAAUAGCAGUGCAUUAAUCUGAAGGAUUUUACUAGCAGCAACCAUUGAAAAAGGUAUAUUUCUUUGUUUAAAGAGUUUUGAAUUCUGAUACCAACUGAAACGCUUAAAUCAAUAUAUUUUUCUCUUUGAUUUUUUUUUUUGUAGUAAAAAUUUUUCCGAAGAGAAGUGUCAUGGCUGAAGAGAUGAAUAUCGGUCAGCUGGAUGAAAAUUUGAUUCUGAAAAUCCUUUCUUUAGUUCCAAUAAAAACUGCCGUGUCGACGAGUGUCUUGUCUAAAGAAUGGCAGUCUCGUUGGAAGUCGGUGCCAAAACUGAAGUUUAAUUCUGAGGACUACCAGAGUGAACACCAAACAUUUUCAGAGACUGUGUACAAGUCUCUCCUUUCAUAUGAAGCUGAGGUUCUAGAUAGUUUUCAUCUCAGCUUUGGAUCAGAUAAACCUGAUGCAGUAGAUGUUGUAAAUUGGAUUAAAACAGCGUUUGCUCUACAUUUGCGUACAUUGGUACUCGAAUUUCUCAUCUAUCCAUACGAGGUCGACGAGUUCAUAUUUACGAGUAGCUUGUGUACUUGUGAUACACUAGUGACUUUGAAACUCGGAAGUCUGAUUCUUGUAGAUAUCCCUGCACCGGGUUCGAUGAAGUCUCUUAAAACGCUGCAUCUUAUUCAUGCGUUCUACACAAACGAUGAAUCUAUCUGUAAUCUUUUAUCUGGCUGUCCUAGACUUGAAGAACUCGUUGUGGAACGAUCUUGUGAACACAGUGUGAAAUUUUUCACUAUCAAAGUCCCUUCUUUGCAGAGAUUAAGGAUUUAUGAUGACAAUGAUGAGGACGAGUUCGUUGGAUAUGUGAUAGAUACUCCUUAUUUGAAAUACUUAGAGAUUGGAUACUUAGGAUGUCCACAGUUUUCUCUGAAUGCACCGGGGCUGGUGGCGGCAUAUAUUGGUAGAGUUUCUAAUGUAAUCAGUGAAUCUCUCGUUUCAGUCAGACGUCUUGCCUUGAAUGUAUCAACUUCGAUGACUAUAUAUCCUCCUACUGGAUGUAUCUUCUAUCAACUGGUGUAUCUACAGAUAUAUACGCAUGAACCAGGCUGGUAUGAUCUACUUACGUGGAUGCUCGAACAUUCACCGAAACUACAAGUCCUGAAGCUCGUUGGUAAAUAUAGGAUUAAUCCUGACUAUCAUGUUCUCGGCUGGGAAUGGAAUAAGCCAAAGUCUGUCCCUGAAUGUUUAUUGUCACAUCUAGAGACAUUUGUGUGGAGAAGAUACGAUUGGAAAGGAGAAAAGGAAGAAGAAGUGGCUACAUAUCUUCUAAAGAAUGCAAGAGGGUUGAAGAAUGCGACUUUCUCUACAGGUCCCAUCGAACCGGGCCAGCUUGACAAGUUGAAACAGAGACGUAGGACACGCAAAAAAUUGGAUGGUGUGCUCAAGGCUUCUAAUACAUGCCACCUUGUGUUCAAGUUUGAAUGAUUUUAAUUAUGUAUUGGACUCUGCUAUACUUACAAUAUAGAGAGUGAACAAAAUAUGGCGCUUCUAGCUUAAUCGGUUAUCGUUUUAGACUUUUAAAACAGCUUUCUCAAUUUUAUUCAUUUUGCUUUUGAUUUUGCUAUGAUGAUGCAUUCUUAUAUAUUUUCUUUCCAUUUUUUUUGAAAUAAAUUGAAUAUUUAUGUUUUAUGAUUAAUCACAAACAACAAAUCACAUUAACUUCUUGCAAAAUAAUUGAAAACAUUAUCUAAUCUGAAAUAAUUUUUUUUUUCUAAACAUCAAUUAAAAUGAAACGGAGAGUAUAUUAUAUUGACGAUUGACAACAUUAUCAAAAUAUCUCUAUAAUAUUAUUAGAGAAAACAGUUUCAUAUGUGCCGUGCUCACGUAAAUUAUUACGAUGAAAAGAUACUCUUAAUGGAUUGAAAAAUAUUGUAUCUAAAUACCAUCACUACAAAAAUUUAUUUCAUAAAUCUUAAAUUUAUAUUCCUUUUCCUUUUAAAAAAAAACAUAUAUAAUAACACAGAAUCAUUUAUAAAUUUUUUAAUACAUAUAUAUAUAUAUAUAUAUUUGAUUUAAUAAAAAGGAAAAUUCACAAAAACAAUCUUGAUAUUAAGAAAAAAAUUAAGAUAUAUUAAAAA